AUGAAAAGGCUGGGCCGAGAACCAUGCGUGUCUGUGACUAUCAGCGACGUGCUUAUAGUGAUGGCACCAAGGGCUGACCAUGAGUGGUCGGAGGGUCCGGCAGUGGUGAGAGAGAGAGCCGCCAAGAGGGCAGCGCUGGCUGCAGCCGAGGUGGUGAAGAUGUCUGAGCAGGAUGUCCCACAUCAUCUGCAUCACGUGCCCGCAUCACCUGCAUCACCUGCUUUACCUGCAUCAUGGCAGGGAUUGAACGCUCUGGAGGUGCUGGUGACAUCCGUGCACGUCAAGUACACACACUCCUCCUCCGACCCCAAGGCGGCGUUUGAGUUUGGCCUUCACCUGGACCAUCUCUCUGUGGCCGCUGCUGCCUCCAAGGACCCCCUCACUGCUGCUGCUGCUGCUGCUGCUGCUGCUGCUGCAGAUGCCAUUGCUUCUGCAUCCGCCUCUGCUCUCAACACAACUCCUGCGGCAGGUGGCCCUGGUGGUGGGCCUGGGUCGACUGCUUCCUUCUUUGUGCCGCCAGACAGCCAGACUCCCACAGAGAAGCUUCUGGAGCAGCAGUGGGAGCAAGAGGCUGGGCAGGGGCAGGCAGGGGGGCAGGGGAAGCCACAGAUAGGGGACGCGGGCAGGAACGGAGGGACAGGGAGAAAUUUGAGGAAGAGCAUUGAGGUGCGGGGGUUGUCGUUUUACUGGAAUUCGUGCAAGAGAGGGUUCGAAGGGAGCACUUUCGGGCCUAAUGGACAGGGAGGUGGGGAGAGGACAGGGAAGGAAGGGACAGAAGGUGGAGAGAGAUGGAGGCGGGAAGGAGCAGUGAGGGAUGGUUCAGGAGAGAGGGGAGGGGAGGAGAGCAUGGAUGCGGACAUAGUGUGGGGAGAGGGUGAGUUGGUUCCAAGUGAUGAGGAGGAGGGUGGAGGGAUGGGUGCCAAGAGACAGAGGCGAAGAGGGGUGGAUGAGCAGAGGGGAAGAGGAAGGGAGCAAGGGAGAGGCAAGGGAGAGGAAGGUUCGGCAGCAGUGGCGAACAACAUGUUGCAUCCCUUGGAUGCUUCUAUCAGACUCGUGAUGCAUAUGGGCCCUCCCGCCCACACAAGCACUGCUCCCGUGUCUGUCUCUCUCCGUUGCAACCGCCUGCGAGUGUCUCUGGAGGAGCACCAGUACCAGGACGUGCUGCUGCUGGCCGAUGCCCUCAACGUGCUGCGCCUCAGAGAAAGGUAUGGCCGCUUUCGCCCCGCAGCCUUGUUCUCUUCCUCCCAGACCCCACCAACCAGUGGCACCAAACCAGCCGACAGCAUGGGGGACCAGCAGGGCGGAAGCACCAGCGGUGGCAGCGAGAGAGUGCGCGCAUUGUGGUCAUACGCGCUCAAUGCCGUGCUCUUUGAUGUGCGCCAACGCCUCUACCGCCGCUCCUUCCUCUACCUCCCCUCCCGCCUGUACGUCCCUUCCUCUCCAACCGUUUAUGCCUCUGCACCCUUCCUGAACCCUUUCUUCCACACCAGAUGCCUGCUCGCCCCCUUGACUUCCCUGGUGGAGGAGAGGCAGCAGCUGGAGGAGAUGGAGGACGAGCUGGAGCUAGAGGACAUUCUCCUAUUCCGGACAGCUGCCGCCCAGCCAUUUCUUGCUCCUCAACUGACAUUGUUUCUUCGCCCACCCCUCCCCCCUCUAUUGUCUUCUUCCAUUCCUAACUGCUUUCUGCAGCGGGCUGCCCGCACAGAAUGGGGCAACCCAUCCGCUUCAAAAGACUCAGCUGAAGAUUCUUCUGCAGAGAAAGACGGGCGAGGGGACCGGCACAAGGGCAAAGCAGCCCAGCAGAAGCAGCAGCAGAGGGGGAGGGGGUGGUUGAACUGGCUGUCUCAGGGCAUGCUGGGCGCUGGUGGCUCUGAUGCGUCUGCUGCAGCUGACGUCAUGGCUGCAGUCAGUGACCGUGACUUAGAGGAGCUCUAUCGCACACUGGACUCGCCCUUUGAUGCUGCUGACGGGGAUAACGGGCUGGAUGAGCCUUCCUGGAUGUCUACAUCAGCAUCCACGUCAUCAUCGGCAUCUAUGGCCAUGGAUGCCACGUCAGCAGCAACCAAAGCCAUGAACAGGAGCCGCUCCUCUGUGCAUACCCUUUCAUUCUCAGAAUCCUCCUCGUCGCUCGACGCCUCCAUUCCCGAGGACUCCAGUGUGAUGGGGCCCUCCAGCCGAAUGCUCCCUGAGGCGUCUCAUAGGACGACUCAUGGCAGGGCAGCAGUGUCGGUGUGCCGCCUGGCGUUCACUGCACAGGUGGCAGACGGUCAUGCCUCCCUGCGCAGCUCAGUUAAUGCGCGUGUUUUACUCCUCACCUGUCUCUCUCCCUCUCACUGUCACCCACCAUCUCCCUCCCUGCAGCUCCCGCACUCCUCGCUGCACGACUUCCUCCCUCCAUCCCACCCGUCACACCCCUCCUUCCACUCCGCAGCCUCUUCCUUCGCCUCGCCCUCCACCGUCUCCUCUCCCUCCCCUGCCGGCCACGGCCAUCUGCUAAUGCGUUCUGCCAGUGCUGCCUGGGGCCUGGGCCGCCCAGCCCUGGGGGCGGGCCUGGGGGGUCCUGUAGGGGGCGGGGGGAAGGGGCAGAUGUUACCACGUACAGACUCUCGCUCAGCUCUAGGUAUCGGUGCCAUUGCUGCAGCAGAGCAUGCGGUUGCUAUGGGUGGUGGAGGGGAGAGAGGCAUGGGAGGAGGGGCCGAGAUGGGAGAGAGGGGCUAUGGGGGUGAGAGUGAGGUGCAUGGGUGGAGGCCAGGGGGGCAGAUGCAAGCUGUAGCGGCAAGACCGAUGCUGCGGGUGGAAAUCGAAGUGCACUCGCCCCAUUCUCAUGGGCAUGGGCAUGGGCACGGAGAUGGUGGAGUGGGAGGAGGCGAGGUGGAAGACAGUGCGCCCAAUGAGAUGGAGACGACAAUAUCGGUGGCAGUGGAGCCAGUGCAGGCGGUGGUGGGUGUGGAGGUGUUGAAGCGCGUGGGCAUGUUCUUCAGCCAUCCCACGACCGUGCCCACCCACCAAGAACAGGUGAUUGCGUCCAUCAACUCGUUGGACUCAACUACUGCUCGAGCCACUGCCAAGUCUGGCCUGGUGCUAGCCGCGCGCAAGGUGCUGCAUCUGCAUGUGGACGUGGCAAGCGUCACGAUCGUUGUUCCACACACUGACACGUACCUCUCUGCCCGCCCCUGCCCCCUGCUGGUGCUACAGCUGGCGUCACUGCACAUCUCGUCCAUCCCUGAACCCCCUGAGCGGUCUCUCCUUGCACAAGCCCUCGCCUCCUCAGGCAACCUGCGAUCGGCACUCUCCGUCCUGGGGGAGAGGGGCCUGACAGGGGGGAGAGAUGCUGGCGUGAGAAGGGUAGAAAGUCAGGGACCGGCAGUGGGAGGAGUUGAAGUGGAGGGAGAUGGAAGAAUGGACAUGGAGGGAGAGAGGAAGGGAGGAGUGGGCGAUGGCGGUAUGGAAGGAGGCACAGGCAGUGGUAUAGAUGUUGGGCAUGCGGAUGGACGGAUGGGAGGGGGGAGAACGGGAGGCGUUGGGAAGAGAGGCAUGGCCGAGUGGGUUCAGAAGAUGGUGCUAUUUGACAGUGUCGCAGUUAGAGCCGCUGCUGUCAAGUCCCUCUCGCACUCCCUCUGCUGCCCCCUGCCUGCCCCUUCCUCACAGGUAUUUCUCGUUCCACCGCCCCCUCGCACUGCACUACCCACGCCACCAGCCCCACCAGUCCCCCACUCCUUCUGGCCUGGCCUGCCCCCAGGUGCACUGGGGGCACCAGGGAACAUGUGGAUGGGCGGUGGUGGUGGCAGCAGCAUGGCAGGAGCGGGCAGUGCAGGGGAGGGUGGCAGUGAGAGUGGCAGGGAGCUGCCUCUUGUGGAGGAGUUUUCUGUCCACCUGCACCUGCUGCUCUGCGCUCUCUCAGGCGACCCUGCCACCACCAAAGCUGUUGUGAGUGCUGCCCUCCUUCCCACUUUACUCCACUUCACCACCUUUCCACCUCACUCUCAUUCCCCUGCAGCACAGCCCUUCACCUUCCGCGUCCUGUUCCUCCAGUCUCAGCUCCUUGCUUCUAUCUUCCUUCUGAUGUCACCCUCGCUGUUCCCUUCCUCUCUGCAGCUGCAAGGAGGAAUGGGGGGUCAAGGUGCAAGGAGGGGGACUGCAGGCGAGGCAGGAAAUGGGGGCGGUGUAAGGAGUGGCAGUGGGGGGCUGACAUCCACACCGUCCUGGUCCGAGAUGCUUCACACCAUUCUGCAGCGCGACGCUGCCAAGGUGCCACAGCAGCUGCUGGCCUCACCCGAUCUAGACAACACCAGGCUUCCUCUGCUGCUACUGGAACAGCAGCAGCAGCAGCAGCAGCAUGAGGCUGGCGGGGACGGAAGCGGGGCUGUGAAUGAGGGUGGCAGCAGCAGCAGAGAUGGGAAAGCAGAAUUAGGAACAGGGGGGAUAAGUCGGGUGCAGUCACGGCGGGUGGCAGUGGCGAGUGGCAUGGACGUACUAACAGGCACGCCAAUUUCAGAUGUAGGAGUGGCUGUAGGGAAAAUCACAGUGCGCCUGGACAUGAGUGCCUCUUCGACAGAGCCUCUUGGUUCCAGCAGCAAGCGCAGCAGGGCUGGGCAAAGCAGGGGGCCCGCAAACGGGGAAGCAUCAGGAGCCCACGUGAUCACUCUUGAGGCUACUGGACUGGACGUCCGCCUGGUCCAAAGACUACUGGAGGAGCACAUCUAUGCCACUCUGCACCGCCUCCAACUCACCGAUUCCUCGCGACCCCCCUCCUGCCCCACCCACCACAUCAUUCAAACGCACCUUCCCUCCUCGCCCAACCCAGCCAGUUCCCCUACCGUAACCACAUCACACCCUCCCACACCUGCCUCUCUAACCCACUCCAUCCUCUCCUCCCCCUCUCUCUCCUUCCAGCCUAACCCAUCAGCACAACUCUGGCUCUCCCCACAAAUUCUCUCAGGUUUCUCCACCCAAACAGACCCCUCGGCUCCCCAUAUGCUCGUCUCCCGCGUCCUUUCCGCCCCCUCACUCCCCGCUUGCCUCUCCUUCUCCUCGCUGCCCAUGCCUGCCAUACCAACUGCUGGCCAGGCAGCGGCUCCCAUGGGAGCAGCACUGAGUGGUGGAGCACUGAGUGGUGGCCAAUCCUCAGCAGGAAAUUCCGCCAGCACUUCUCAUUGGCUGGGAGGAGAGAAUGUACGCUUGGCAGGCGUAUCUGCCCCAGCCACAUCAGGAGCAGCAGUGGGAGGAGAUGGGGCAGGAGCAGGGGAGUGUGUGUUGCGUGUGGAAUUGUGUCUGAAAUCAAGGUCGCUGACCGCCCCAUCUCGCGACUCCACUUCCCUCUCCUUCCACCUCUCCUCCCUCCACCUCACUGCCUUCCAACCCACGCUCCUCGCCCUACUAGCCUUCUCCUCCUCCCUCUCCACCCCCACUCCCCCCUCUCCCUUCUCCGCCCUGCCAGGCAGCGGAGGAAGCAAGAGACACCACUCCCAGGGCAGGGAGGGGGGAAGUGGGCUCAUGGGAACACACCCCUCUGCAGACCUCUCACCCUUUGAGAGCCCCUCUAGCUCCUUCUCCUCCGCUGCCUCCUCACCCUUCAACUCUCCCCCACCCACUACUGACGCCCUGCUGUCGCCGGCAGUACUGGCCACUGGUGCGCUGGGCGUGAGUCCGCAGAGGUCCAGGGGGCGGGUUGGAGUGGGACGGCAGGGGAUGGAGAGACAGAGUGCACGGGUUGUGUUUGAGAAGGUGUCUGGAGAUGAUGUCACUGACGCUGCUGCUGGUUCUGGGGGUGUUGCCUCGCACGAUGGUGGCACUGCCACUCAAACAAGUUCCUCUCUGCGUCCUGCUCCCACCCGCGGCCCAUCCACUCACGUCGUUCUGCCUUCUUCUGAAAACUCAGGUGCAGGCGGCACAGAACUGAUUCUGGACGGCAGAGUAACUGGAUUGGUGGUUCGGCUGAUGGAGGAGGGGGGCGAGGCAACACUAGAAGGACUGAAAGGAGGGGUAGAGAGGAUCCAUGAGAUAACAGGAAGGAAGGAAGGGGAGGGUGAGGGGUAUGUGGUGGAAGUGGCAACUGCUUCUCUGAGUGAGGCACUGGUGCAGGCAGAUGUGAAGCACGUGAUGGGCCAAUCACUGCCAGCCACAUGGGCAUCCUGUGGGCGCAUCAGUGGGUUUGAGGUAUGGGGCCCUGUGGGUAGCGGGGGGCGCUGUGUUCCUCAUCUCCCUGCAGAUUCGGCUUCUACUUCCCCACCAAGCACUCUACAACUGCAGCAAGGGCAGCAGCAACAGCAACAGCAGCAGCAGCAGCAACAGCAACAGCAGCAGCAGCAGAAGCAGGUGAUAGUGGGCAGUGUGUGGGCACCAAGAGCACAGCCUGGCACCAUAACCUUUGCAGCCCAUGGCGCUCACACAGGUGCAUCAGGGGAGGGUGUGCCCGGGGCAGGCGCCACACUGCAUGUAGAUGUGGCUGUUUCCCGCCUGCUGCUCGUGGUCUCACAGCCAUUCACACAUGGGCUUGUGGGGCACGUCACGCGCUACCUCCCUGCUCCCUCCGUGACUGCUCCUUUGACCCAUGCUGUUGUUGGGGGAAGUGGGGAGCCUGCCUCAGUGUCGCCCCUUGCACAGCACGGUCGAGAGAGGGGGCAGCAGGAGCAGCAGUCACAGCACGCAAGUUUCACUACUGCCACUAGCCCCUCACCCUCUCCCCACAUCACACUCCCUGUACGCACCCCUCUCUUUAUGUCCGUCUCUUCUGAUUCCCCGUCUCCAUCCAGCCACCACACAGGAAAGCCCAGAGCAGCCCGCACUGCCAUUGCUUCCCCUGCCACCACCCGCCUCUCCCCCUCACCCUUGAGAGGGGGCAUUGCUGUUCGGGGAGGUGGGGGUGCGAAGCAGCUGAGAGGCGGAGGGUCAGGGGGAUGGGCGGGUGGGGGCGGCAGCAGCAGCCAAACAAGCCCUUUGGGGGUGAAAGGCAAGGGGAAGCGGGAGAGGGGGGAAGGGGAGAGUGUGGGCGGGCUGGGGAGUGGGUCGGGGGAGGGCGACAGCUGGUCAGGGGCGCAGUUUUUCAGCCCUGUGGGGGAUAGCCCCCUGAGAUGGGAAAUGGUGGAAGAGGGAGGUGAGGCGGAGGGAGAAGGGGAGGAGUGGGAGCAAGGGCAAGGGAGAAUGAGAGUGGAGGGGGCUGUGAGGUUAGAGGGGUGUGAGAUCGCUGUCAUUCCCUUAGGGCAUCCACAGAGCUUGCUGCAGCCAUCCGCAUCCAAUCAGCUUCAGCCACGUGGAUCCAAUGGGAUCAAACCAGCAACGACAUUAGGAGAGGGGCUGGGCCAUCCGUGCCUGAUCAUUGAGCUGCCUCUCAUCACUGCCAACCUCCCACGCCACGUGGCAUGCUGGGAUUGGUCCUCAUCUGGCACAAUCACAUGGCUGGAUGGGAGAGAGCAGCAUGAAAUCAGUAACGUGGGCAGGAGACGAGGAAGCGAGGAGGGUGAGACAGGAAGAGGGAGCACAGUGGUCGGAGAAGGGAACAGUGGGAACAGAGACGAUGCGGAAUGGGAGGCGGUGGAGGUGAGGGUGGAGGGAUUCAAAGUUAGCAUGGCCACAGGCAAGCUGCUGCCGCUCUGCGAGGUGGUAUCUGGUGGAGGCGCAAGUGGUGCAGGGGAGGAAAAGGAGGAGGUGGUGGGGAGGGUGGGGGAGAGAAUUCCUGUGGUGCAGCGAGUGGACGUUCUGCUGCACGUGGCACUGCCACAGGCUGCUGGGGGCAUCAGCCAGCCCGGUUCUGCACUGCAGGGCGCAGCACAAGGAGUGGGCGUGGGAUCUGAGGCAGCAUCAGGGAUGGUGGAGUCAGGAGGGGAGGCAGCAGCGAUGGGCAGCCCGCAUGAGUGGAUGCGAGUUAUGAAUUCCCCUGUAAGGGAGGCGGACCUUCUCUCAGGCUCCAUCGCUGCCCUGCUCGCCCUCAUCCCACCCCAGGCCCCCCCCCAGCAGCCCUCCCCUCCCAUCGCCCUGAGAUUCCACCUGCACCACCUGCACCUGCACAUCACACGAGGCACAACCUUCCUCCCAUCCUCCCCUUCCUCCUCCGCUCAUGGCACAACCCCCUCGUUCCUUCUUCCCCCUGGCCCUCUCGUCGCCCUCCUCUCCAUCGAUCAUCUGCGCUGCGCUGCAGCGCUGCAACCAUCUGGCCAAUCCGUGAAGGCCACGUGGCAGAGCAUUGCCCUUUGGAGCUUACAGGCAGAGAUGGCAAGCACUUCCCAACAGCGUGGUAGUGCUGCUGCAGUCCCAGCCAGUGGCCAGGCAAGGCCGCCACCUGCCUUUUCACAGGAAGGAAUGGCAGCAGAUGCACAAGCAGCAGGGGAAGCAGCAACUGGAGGACCAUCACCAGAAGGGGCGAGGGCAGGAGGAUUUUCUGCAGGAGAGAUUUCAGCGGCAGUGCUGGAGUUUCUGCAAGUGGCUGUGCCUCUCUUUGUGAUCGAGCGUGAGAGGGGCUGCUCUGUGACUCGUGACGCUGCUCAUACCCGCCUGUCUCCGUACCUCGCCAUCUCCCUCUCCUCCACCUCAACCCCACCCUCACCCCAUUCCCUUCGCACCACCGCUGCUGCACCCCUCUCCCUCGCCUGUACUCCUCCCCCCUUACAGUCCCCACAUCCCCUUUCUCAACCUCUGGCAAGCCUCUCGCUGCUAUCCCAAGAACCGCCUUCCACCCCAGUGAACAUAGCAGUCCCAGCAGCACCACCACCAGCACAAACACGUGGUGACCCCCAUUACAACAUCCAGGCUAUACAUGCAACUGUUCAGCUCCCUUCCCCCACCCUCUGGGCCUUCCUCCCUGCCUGGUCUCGCCUCGCCUCCCUGCUUGUCGCUAAGGCACCUAAAGGAGGCGACACAGGAGGUGCAGAGGUGGCAGGGGGUCAGCGUGCAAGAGGCAGCAAUGGAUCGGGCGUAAGGGAGGCGCAGGGGAUUGGGAGGAGAGGGGCUGAGGGGCUGACUGUGAUGAUGGGCGUGAGGCUGGGUGAGGCUGGUGGUAGUGUAGGGCAUGGUGAUAUGGAGGGGCUGUUCUGUGCGUCUCUUGAGGAGGGGGUGACUGGGGGAGCAGAGGAGGAAGCAAUUGGCGUCUUGGUUGGUGAAAUCGGCACAGGCAGUGAUGGUGGUAAUGCAGCAGCAGUAGCUGUGGCAGCAGAAGCAGCAGCACAUGUGCAUGUGAAGGUGCAUGCAGGAGUGAAGGUGGAUGGGCUCACUCUUGUGCUUCCCAGUCAUAGCACCUCCCAGCGCUCCUCCCAGCGCUCCUCCCAGGGUGCCUCGCAGCACACCUCCACUCCCUCUGCUCCUAACACCUGCACACAGCAGGCAGCACAGCAUCAGAGGAGUGCGAACACCACGACACAUCAGCACAGCCCAGGUAUACUCCCAGGGGAGUGGGCGAGCAACACGGAGGGGUGCAGUGCGGUGGUGGUGCGUGUGAGGAAUGUGCACUCCCACGUGCAAGCCUCUGUACCUGCCAGUACUAGUCUCAGCAGAGCCAAGCUCUCUGCUGACCUGCACUCUGUGGAACUUGCCUGUGUGCGCCGUCUUGGCUUGGGGCAUUCUGAGGUGGGCCAUGGGGACGGCAGUGGUGAUGGCAGGGCUGCUGGUGCUGCCGACCUGUUCACGCCUGACCCGCUUAACCUCCCUCCUGCCUCCCUCAAUGCUGCUUCCUUACCUCCAAGCUCCAACCCUUUCUCCUUCCGCCUUGGCUGCUUCCUGCCUCCUCCUACAGAUGCUCCUCCACCUGCCCCUGCCCCUGCAUCUGCCCCAACCGCAUCCAACCCACCAUCUGUUCGUCUGCCGCCUCCUCCUCCUGCCUCGAUGCGCCUGCUGCAGCUGGCAGGGCUGCAGGUGCGACUGGCAGCGGCUGCUGCUCCCUCGGGCAGUGUAACAGCGAUGAGUGCAGAUGGGGUUGAUGCUGGUGCUGGGAGAGUGGAGGAGGAGGGGGACUUCGGGUCGGGCAGAGUGAGAGAAGAGGGAGGUUCAACAUUAGGGAGAUAUGCAGAGGAGAUACGUGAAAACAACAGCACGGUUUCUGGUGGUGGUGUUGGUGGUCGCAGCAGUGCACUUGGCAUGAUUUGCCUGAAGGAUCUAGCGGAACUGGAGAGAAGGGAGCAGGAAAACGUAGUGGUGGCGGAGAGUGAGGAGGACAGCGAGCCCCUCUUUUACCUCUCCCUCAGCACCACAGCAGGCCACGCCCUUGCAUGCCUGCCCAGUGGCCACCUGCACGCCUCCCUUGCUACCACUCUCGCUCUGCACUAUCUCAACCAGGACAAGGUGGGUGGUCACUGUGAAACCGAGCUCGCAGCAGCGCGAGAUAAAGCAGCCGUAGCAGCUGCCUUAGAGCCUCUUUGUGAGCCGUGGCCCUUCCAGCUUUCAGCCUCUCUGCACUCCCUCUCCUCCCUCACCAACCCUCAAUCUGCCUCUGCCUCCACUCUCCCUCCACCCCUCCUCUCCACUUCCUCCUCCUCUCCCUCUGCCUCCUCCACCGCUCUCACCUCCUUGGCUCUCACCUCCUCCCAUCCUCUCAAUCUCAAUUUCACGCCAUCACUCCUCGAGGUAAAAUUUGUCUCCUCUGCCCUUUGA